UGUGAGCGUGUGUGGAGAGGACGCUGCUCUUGUCCACUCCCUGUGCUUUGAGCCAGUCCAACCCAACGUUUAAUAUACAGUACAAUACAUGUAGAGGUGACAAGAGAGGAUAAACAGACUGUGAGGGACGCAGAAGGUGGCCUGAGAGACUCGGUGUACACGGCAGGUUCUCUCAGGAGGUAAACAAACAGUGAAACAGCGAGAUAGUUUUGUUGUCAUUAUUUUGCUUCGAGGCGGAGAGUAAAGAGGCGGUACACGGUGAGGAUAAAGAGGCAGUGAAACACACAGGAUACAGAUAACAUCACCAUGAUUCAUCUCAGUGUUGGCAGAUAAGUGUCAGAGUGUUUAGCGGUGAAUAUAUUUAGCGUCGCGAGGGAAAAUGUGAAGGUGUAGGGCGCGCGUGUGUGUGUUAGUGCGGCGCUGCAGCAUGAGCGAGGCGGUGACCAGGGCGGUGGACGGUGGCGUGUGAUGCGCACUUGCGCUUCCUCCCCGCCAUGAUGGCGCUCUUUGGGAUGGUCUGGCUGCUCAAGGUCCGUAAGCACCUGCGCCACUGCGCCCAUUGUCGGGCCCACCUGAGGACCUGCGCUCAAUGCCGGGCUCGGCCUUCUCCCUCGCUGCCGUCCAUCAUCAACUCGCGAGACUCCACCAAGGAGUCGUGUGCCCAGGACACCGCCUCCCAGACCUCCCCCCCAGAGCUGGAGCGAGGCAGGAUCACCCUUGACCUGGUGGCUCAUCCUCCACCCCGGGACGAGGAUAGUGACGACCCUGACGUGGCUAGUGUAGAGUCCAGGACCAACGGUGAGGACAGGGACUUAGAGGAUAGAGGAGUGGACGUCCCGGUGGAGUCCGAGGGCUGUGUGGACGAAGGUCAGUUCUUGUCCUACGAUGGACGGGUGUCACCUGCCCUACCUGCCCCUCCGCCGCCCCCGCCCCGCAGUCCAGCUCCACUGGUCCGUGACGGCCCCAGGUCUCCCCGUCGAUCCCAUGACCCAGCCCUCAGCGUGGCGCAGCAGCCGUGUGAGAGCGCCGCAGGGUCCCUGGCCAGCCGUGUGUGUAGUCUAUACGGUCAAGACUCUACCAGGCCCGACCCCGUGUGUGAGAGACGCAGGUCGUUCAGUGCUAUCAAGAGGCGGAGUCUCCCUGAGGCCGAGGAGCUGGAGGUCGGUGACGAGGCCACCAGGACCGCCACACUGCCACGGCAGAGCUCAACCGGCAGCGGCUACCGCUUCUGCUACACCCCGGGCCACACCCACCCCUACGCCUGCCCACCCCUGGCGGGCUCCACCCCACAGCUGCCACUCUACGCCCGCACUAACCACGACACCCACACCCAGGAGGCCGCUCCUACACCCCACACACACGCCACACAGGCAGCCCACACUCUCCACACCACGCCACACAUAACCCAGUCCCUGCACCCAACAUUGCCGGUUACCCACCCGCGGGAGACGCUACCGCAGGUGACUCUAGACCCCCGCUACCUGCCGGGGGAGGCACUAGAAGGAGCUUACGGCGGCUCAGACUCCAGUCGCAGCUCCCACAGCGGCUCCCGCAGCUCUUACAGCGACCACAGUCUGCCCCCUCCUCUGCCCUUCUCAGAGGGGGCCAUCCACUACCUACCCACACCCAGCUCCACCCACGCCCCCACGCCCGCCGCCGUCCACGCCCCCACACAAUACCACCAGCAGGUGUAUCCUCGUGUAGGACGCGGAUAUGGGCGGCGGUCUAGCAUCCCAGGGGCGCCAUGUCCCCCGGGGCAGCGAGGAGUUCACUACUGGGAUGGGGUGUGGUCCAUCCCCACCAGCUCCACCCUCACCACCUUCCUCGGUGCUGACUACCCCACCUACGACCCCACCACUGUACCAGGUCGUGACCGCCGCCCCCAUGCCCACACCCACUCCCCCCGCGGGGCUCAAGGCACCAUUCCCAGAGCCAGAAGCUCCUCCAGGUCCCGCAGCUCCCCGGGGGGACGUCCUGGCCGUAGUCACUCACGGAGCCCCAGUAGACACCUGGCCAGAAUUGACUUGUUGGAGGAGUGUGGCGGGACGGAGGGAGGCGGAGGGCGGAGGGCGGGGUGGCAACACGAGAACGGAGGGGUGGCCACCAUCCUGCCGCCCCCACCCCGUGACUGGGGAGCCCCGGCAGCCUCCAGGGCCUCCUUCUGCGCCCUACACGGCUACAACAGACCUAAAGACAUUCAAGAAUUCUAUGAAAUAACGCUUUUGGACGACAGCAAGAGUGUUCAGCAGAAGACGGCGGAAACCCUUCAAAUAGCCUCAAAGUGGGAGAUAAACAGUGGACCGAUGACGCCUCACAUAACCUGCACCAAAGAUGAGAUAGAGUUGGAUGUGAGCGAUGUCCCGACCCUACACCUGAGCCCUCACCUGUGUUUGAGGUAA